ACCCUGUGGAUGUGUUAACCAGGUGCUGGCUGCUGUCGUCCUGUUCUGCAAGUAGCUUUUUUUUUUCCUCCUGCCCACACUAGGCACAUGGAGCUGAAGGAGACCACCCAUGAUCACUCAGGAGUACACAACUUGUGCUUUCAGGAGGAUGAAUAUGUCAAUAUGGAGAAUGAUCUGCAUGAAAACAAACAUGGUUCAGCAGCUGAUGAUCAGACACACUUGAAAGGGCAUUUAGAAAAGAAAUAUGAUAAAGCCUGUGAAUUUUGGAACAAGCAUAAAACCAGAAUUCACUAUGUGAUCUACGGAAUUUUAAUAACAGCAUACUUGGCAGUACUUAUUGCAGCCUGCAUCUUGAAUUUUCAGAGAGCCUUGCCACUCUUUAUCACCACUCUCCUAGCUAUCUUCUUCAUCUGCUGGGAUUUUUUAAGAGAGAAGUAUGAAGACAGAAUUACUGCAUUUUUUAACCCUGGAGAAAUAUAUCUGCAGAGACAGUGGUUUUGGCUGAAAUGGGUGUUGUGCGCAGCAAUUAUUAUAACUAUAAUUUGCUGGCUCAUCUUCGACACAGCAAAACAGGGAUCCCAACAGCUGAUCUCCUUUGGUGGACUUGUGAUAUAUGUGUUCUUGAUGUUUAUCUUUUCCAAACAUCCAACCAGAGUUGCUUGGAGACCAGUAUUUUCAGGAGUGGUAAUGCAGUUUAUCCUUGGGCUUCUUAUUCUGAGGUCCAAAGUGGGGUUUGAUAUAUUUAACUGGCUAGGCAUUCAGAUCCAGACUUUUCUGGAGUACUCUGACACAGGUGCUAAGUUUGUGUUCGGUGAGAAAUAUACAGAUCAUUUCUUUGCUUUUAAGGUUCUGCCAAUCGUGGUUUUCUUCAGCACAGUAAUGUCUAUGCUCUACCACGUGGGAUUCAUGCAGUGGCUUGUUGGAAAGGUUGGUUGGAUAAUGUACGUUUUUAUGGGGACCACUCCUGUUGAGUCUCUGGUAGCUGCAGGUAACAUAUUUGUGGGACAGACAGAGUCUCCUCUCCUGGUACGGCCCUACUUACCAUACAUCACCAAAUCUGAACUCCAUGCAGUCAUGACAGCAGGAUUCUCAACUAUUGCUGGAAGUGUCUUAGGAGCAUAUAUAUCUUUUGGGGUUUCUGCCUCCCACCUACUGACUGCUUCUGUCAUGUCAGCACCGGCAUCAUUAGCCAUCUCCAAACUAUUCUGGCCUGAAACUGAAAAACCUACAGUAACUCUGAGUGGCCUAAAAAUGGCAAAAGGUGAAUCAAAGAACCUACUGGAAGCAGCCAGCCAAGGUGCCUCUAACUCCAUCAUGCUGGUAGCAAACAUCGCUGUGAAUCUGAUUGCCUUCCUUGCCCUGCUGGCUUUCGUUGACUCAGCCCUCUCAUGGCUGGGCAAUCUUUUUGACUAUCCACAACUGAGCUUUGAGACUGUUUGUGCUUACAUCUUCAUGCCAUUCUCUUUCAUGAUGGGGGUAGACUGGGAAGACAGUUUUAUUGUUGGUGGACUACUGGGUUACAAAAUUUUCUUCAAUGAAUUUGUGGCUUAUGAACGCCUCGCAAAACUGAUUCACAACCGAGAAGAGGGUGGGAUCAUGUACAUUAAUGGUGUGAAACAGUAUAUGACUGUUCGCUCUGAAGUCAUUGCCACCUAUGCUCUUUGUGGGUUUGCCAACUUCGGCUCCCUUGGACUGGUAGUAGGAGGCCUAACAAGUAUGGCUCCUACAAAGAAACAAGAGAUCGCCAGCGGUGCCCUCAGAGCCCUGGUGGCAGGAACUGUGGCCUGUCUGAUGACAGCCUGCGUGGCAGGAAUGCUGGUUGUUCCUGGUCUGGAAGUUCCUUGCCACGUCUUAUUUGGAAAUGCCUUCAACUCCACAGAUUUUCCUACAAACAGCACAGAGCUAGUUGGAUGCUGCCAGCAGCUCUUCAACAGUGUAAAUCAUUCGCAGGAGACCUUUCCUGGAGGAAACUACAGCCUGAAUUUCUGGAAAGGAUGCUGCCGAAUACUGUAUCAAUCUCCUUUUAACUGCACUUGGAUUAAUUCACAAUAAUUUUCCCAUACUAUGACAUUGUUAAUGCCAAAGGCUUAGGAAAAAAGAUUUGGGAAAGGCUUUGGAAAAAACAUCAGGAAUGUCAGGAUAUCCUGAAAUAGCCCUCAAAUAAAGUGUGCAGAUGGAAAUGAACCAUUCUACUCUUAUGAAACAAUAACUAACUUUUCAAUCUUCCAUUAACUAUUGUAAAAUCUUGUGGAAAAUCCAAAUUCAUAAAAUCAAUCAGCUGCAGCACAGCUGUUUUCAGAGGGCAUUUAUUUGGAGUUAU